UCCUUCUUUCCAGAGUUUUCUUUAGCCAAUACAUUACUUGAAUGUUACCAGGAUUACCCUCAUAACUAUAGUGGAUAUCCUUUCCAAACUGGCAGCAAAGAUAACUUGUGUACUUUUCUGUACCUGAAAUUCCUGGUAGUUUGGGCCCUUGUGUUACUGGCUGAUUUUGUUUUGGAAUUCAGAUUUGAAUAUCUGUGGCCAUUCUGGCUUUUCAUCAGGAGUGUUUAUGAUUCCUUCAGAUACCAGGGAUUGGCCUUUUCAGUAUUUUUUGUUUGUGUAGCAUUCACAUCAAAUAUCAUAUGCUUGCUCUUCAUACCAAUACAGUGGCUCUUCUUUGCUGCCAGCACAUAUGUUUGGGUACAGUAUGUCUGGCACACAGAGAGGGGUGUGUGUUUACCAACAGUAUCACUGUGGAUACUAUUCGUUUAUAUUGAAGCAGCAAUUAGAUUUAAAGAUCUUAAAAACUUCCACGUAGACCUUUGUCGACCAUUUGCUGCACACUGUAUCGGUUAUCCUGUUGUGACUUUGGGCUUUGGCUUCAAAAGUUAUGUUAGCUAUAAAAUGCGAUUAAGAAAGCAAAAAGAAGUGCAGAAAGAAAACGAAUUUUAUAUGCAACUUCUUCAGCAAGCCUUACCGCCAGAACAGCAAAUGCUACAAAGACAAGAGAGAGAAGCAGAGGAAGCAGCCAAAGGAUUGUCAGAGAUGGAUUCAUCAAUACUUUUGCAACACAAUGGAGGUAUUCCAGCUAAUAAAAAGCUAUCUGCAACAUUACCAGAACUAGAAUAUAGAGAAAAGGGGAAAGAGAAAGACAAAGAUGCCAAAAAACAUAACCUUGGAAUAAAUAACAAUAUAUUGCAACCUGUAGACUCUAAAAUACAGGAAAUUGAAUACAUGGAGAACCAUAUCAAUAGUAAAAGAUUAAAUAAUGAUCUUGUGGGAAGUACAGAAAACCUCUUAAAAGAGGACUCAUGCACUGCCUCAUCCAAAAAUUACAAAAAUGCAAGUGGAGUUGUGAACUCCUCGCCUCGCAGUCACAGUGCAACUAAUGGGAGCAUCCCUUCCUCAUCUGCUAAGAAUGAGAAAAAACAGAAAUGCACUAGCAAGAGUCCAAGCACACAGAAAGACUUAAUGGAAAAUUGUAUUCCUAAUAACCAGCUGAGCAAACCAGAUGCACUGGUAAGGUUGGAACAAGAUAUUAAGAAGUUAAAGGCUGACCUGCAGGCAAGCAGGCAGAUUGAACAAGAGCUGCGUAGUCAGAUCAGUUCUCUGACCAGCACAGAGCGAGGGAUUCGAUCUGAAAUCGGACAACUUCGGCAAGAAAACGAGCUGCUUCAGAAUAAAUUACAUAAUGCUGUACAAAUGAAACAAAAAGAUAAGCAGACUAUUGGCCAGUUGGAGAAAAAAUUAAAAGCAGAGCAGGAGGCACGGACCUUUGUAGAAAAGCAGUUGAUGGAAGAAAAGAAAAGGAAGAAGUUGGAAGAAGCAACCGCUGCACGGGCUGUUGCAUUUGCUGCUGCUACCAGAGGCGAAUGCACUGAAACAUUACGAAAUCGCAUCAGAGACCUGGAGACAGAGUGCAAGAAGUUAACAAUUGACAUAAAAGUGAAAGAAGAUCAGAUACGAGAUCUAGAAAUGAAAGUUCAGGAGCUGCGGAAAUACAAAGAGAAUGAAAAGGAUACAGAGGUGUUAAUGUCAGCACUUUCAGCCAUGCAGGAUAAGACACAGCACUUAGAGAACAGCUUGAGUGCGGAGACAAGGAUCAAGUUGGACCUGUUCUCUGCGUUAGGAGAUGCAAAAAGACAGCUUGAGAUAGCCCAAGGGCAGAUAAUUCAAAAAGAUCAGGAAAUCAAGGACCUAAAACAGAAGAUAGCGGAAGUUAUGGCAGUAAUGCCCAGCAUAACGUACACUGCGGCCACCAGCACGCUGAGUCCUGUUUCCCCACAUUAUUCUUCCAAAUUUGUGGAGACCAGCCCUUCUGGACUUGAUCCCAAUGCCUCAGUUUAUCAGCCCCUGAAGAAGUAAACACCAACUUUCAGUUCGUCACAUGGAAGCAUCACACAGAAAAAUCUCUUGCAGUCAAGAUGAAAUUUGUAUUGUGUGAGACUGUACUGAUUUAUUGUUUAAAAAUAAA